UUCGGUUCCGGCAUUUGGGGAAGCGUAAAACGGUCGCCCCGCGAAAGAAGGGAAAAAAAAAAAAAAAAAAAGGAGGGAAGGGUGCGGGCUGGUGGCGGCGGCGGCUCCAUUCUGCUGUGCCGCUGGCUAAGACGGACAUAUCCACGUGGGAUGAACACCUGUCUGUGCAUGGGUUGGGCUCAAUGAGAGAAAGAGAUGCCCAGAGAUAAACAAUUGCUUCUUUUCGCUUGAAUCAACCCACGAGGACGGGCCCGGCGUGGGUUGAGAACGACAACGGCCCCGGCUUUUCGGGACCGGGGAAGCAAGCGAGACAGAACGGAAAGGCCGGCAUAUUUUACACUUGGAAGAUCUUGUGCUUCUGCGGAAGAUCAUACUAUUUGUCAAUGGGAGGGGCCUUUGUCCCUUUGUGUAACUCCCACGAGGACAGCUGAAGCUGGCCGGCUGCUCUGGGCGGGAGAAGGAAGGGAGGGAAUCAGCUGCAGCAUGCUGUGAACAACAUGCAGCAGCAAAUUUCCCAUUCUCAGUAAGCAAUCUCGUCCCGACUUUUUCUCCUUCUGGUGAUAAGGUUCUGACAGUUUGUUUUUUCUGCCUCGCUCUCGCUUUCGCAAAGUCUGGUUCUUGCAUUUUCAUCGAAACCCCAGAAGUCUGGGUUAGAUGCACGUCAAGGGGGGGCAGGCAAGGCAAUGGAAGCGCCCGACCAAGCAUUUCCCACAGCUUCAUGUGGACACCGAACAACCCCGAGACCGAACCCCUCCCAUCCAUAUCAUCACCAACAGUAUGAACCCCGGCGUCAUGGGAUGAUGAACGGAUUUGAUGCGUGGUGGUAUGAGUGUGCAACUCGAACCAACAACAACCAACAACCCAACCCAAGCAAGCCAAAAAGCAAGGUGCUACGCUAGCGUCGUCUUGCGCGUCUAAUUCAUCUGGUUCUCUUUGGGAAGCAUAAACGUGACGAGCGGGAGCUGGCCAACCAACGGUCGGUCUGGGGAUCUGCAUGAUGGGUUUUGACGACAUCGUGGGUUCGGAGCGGGCUCCGCGGUGACUUUGCCGGCCGGGUUUGUACCUUUUCUGUCAUUUCUUUUCUUUUGGUGUUCUAAUAUUUGACCAAGUUUGGUGAAUAAACGUCAACGUUAUCUGGCUGAAAAGACCAGUCGGAGCAUGCCCGAAAUCCGGGGCCCGCGGGGCGCAGCCAACGCCGGAGUUAUACGACGCGACGAUUUGCACUCUGGGGUUGAAAGACUGGUUCCUGGCAGCAGGCCACGAAUGAAAAGAAACGAGAACCUGUCUCACCAGAAGAAGAGACGGGAGGAUCCCCUCGCCCGUGUACCUGGCCUCGCCUUCCCCAGACUUCACGUGAACUCAAGGCAAAGUCCAUAUUUUUGGAAUCAUCGCCCAAGAUUCCAAGACCAUCUCCUUCCGUUCUACGCCACCGGCCUCGCCUUUGCUGUCCUUCUCUUCUGAAGAGGUACUGAGCGUGGAGAUUCAACCAGGGGGGCCAAGCAUGUCUGGGGUUGAUGAACUCCUUGCCCCUUUACCCUCACCAGACCUUGCAUCUGAUGAAGCCUCGACGGUAUCAUCACCCCCCACACAACCUUCCCCCCUUCUCCGCCUCCGUACAUGUGCAUUCAAGACAGACACGGGGCCAAACUGUACGCGUCAGGCACGUUCUUGAUGGGGAACAUCCUGGCGAGAACAACAGACCAUGGAACAUGGAUGAGAAUUGGGGGCGAAAGAAGGUUAAGGCUCAGAAAAGAUUGCGGGGAGGGAUAUUACCACCUGUCUGGGUGGGGUUUGGACCCGACGCAGGUCAACGGCGAGAGUGUUCAACCCCUAGCUGUUUUCAGCGUGAGAAAAGGGGUCCGCUGUUGGAGGAGCGGUCGGUGGGUUCUUUCUCUCUUUGUUUCCAUGCAUUGGUGGUGAUAGGGGUUUGUGGAGAGGGAACAGGUUGUUCGUCUCUUCUUGUUCCGGUGAGAGUAAGGAGAUGGUGGCGAACGAGAGCCUUGUUUAGCAUGACCCAGACCUGGGAGCCAGUGUCUAGAACUCGCGGGUUGAUACCAAACACGUGUGCGGUGUGGUGUGGUGUGGUGCUGUUACACAUUGUGUUCAGGGUCUGGGCGGGCGAUCACAAUUGUACAGGGGAGGGGAAGGAAGGUCAGUUGAUUCCAUUUUGCUCAUGCUUUACUCCGGGCUAGGUGGUAGGGUAUGGUCUCUCUUGCUCGCUAUAUUCCUCGUUUUAUUCGUGUUGAAGCCUGGGGAGGAUGACAUACGGUUCAUGCUAUCCUUUCAAACCCCUUCAAGUCGUUCGUGAUAUUCAAUGCCGGCUGGCUGGCAGCCUCGGACUCAGUCUCUUUCAUCUUCUUGCCCUCUUCCAGACGCGCAUGAUAGCGUACCUUGCUCGGCCUUCCCACCCCUGACUCCCCGAGCCCCAGGUCGAGGUGAAGGAUUCGAACCGAGUCCGACUUGGUACAUACCUACCUACCAGGUGUCUGAUAACCGGACGGACGAACAUCGGAGAUACACCCCAUCACCAAUAUGGAAGUUUCCGCAAGCUUUUGGUGGCGAUAUUUGGUGUUGGUGUUGUGCUGCUGUGCCGUACAUCGCGUCUAAUUCCCCCCGCUCUUUCACAUCCAAAACUCCAAGGAAAAAGCAACAGCUUGCAUCGUGUAAACUACACGAUUUGGUGCUAGUGUUGAGUUAACCGCGCGCUUGGGCGCUUCUGGGACUACUGAAUCUGUUGUCGUGGGGAUGUUGGUGAUUUUGAGUCAUCGUCUGGGCGAAUGGGUGAGGGCGUGAGGGUUAGACGCAUGUUGGCUUGGAUUUGAUGACGAGCUAGCUUCAAUAUUCAGGCGCGCUGAACUUGUGUUCUUCGUGUCAAUGGUUACACAGGUUUGAAACGGAUCUUGUUGAUGAGGUGACGGUGUUGAUGUGAGGUUCGAGUUAGUGGGCCGGACUUUGUGGUGUGAUGCUCAUGUUGGUGUUGAUAUGGGGUAACUCGAUGGAAGUAAACAUUAAACCUGGCUGCUGGGUGCGCCGUAAUACCGUUCAAGAAUGACGCUUCCCAUUGGCGGUGAGGAGAUACUGUCGGAGUUUCUUCUGCUGGUAAUACAAUCUUGUUGAUCCUAUCUGCCGCCUUAUUCUACUUGUUCGCAACUAGUGAUCAUUGAGGUUAGCCAUAUCUUCACUGGUGACAAUCACCACAGCAAGACUCGGUGGCGCUUCUUGGUCAUGUCUUGGUCAACAACUCCAGCUGAUGGUGAUAGAGCCGUGCUCGUGGUACGACAUCUUGACAAGACACCCCAACCCCCAAAGGAGAUAACGUCCUCCCCAAACCUACAAUCCCCCCAGAAGGAGAUAACCCAUCGCAUCUUGUCAAGAGAUAGGCGGGUGAUGGGUUAAAAACAACACCUCAGCCAGCCAGCAGCAGCC